AUGUGGUGGUGUCAGAAGGGAGUUGGUUUCCUCCCUGCCACACUGGUUGCCUGGUCUUCGGCCACCUUCAUUGUAAACUACGUCAUUGCUGUGCUGCUGGGUCACACUGAUCCUCUGAUACCCUACAUCAGUGAUACAAGUGCUGAGGUCCCUGAGCGCUGUCUCUUUGGGUUCAUGCUGAGCAUCUCUUCUUUUUUUGGUCUAGCUACUGUCUAUGUGCGCUACAAGCAGGUGGAAGCGCUGGCGGUAGGAGGUGAAACCAGGCUGCACCAAUUCAACUCUGCUGCUCUGACUCUGGGCUGUCUGAGCGCACUGGGCAUGUGCAUCGUCGCCAACUUUCAGGAGAGUGCCAUCAUCUCUGUGCAUCUCCUGGGGGCGACGCUGACCUUUGGCUCGGGCGUGCUCUAUAUCCUGAUCCAGACGGCCAUGUCUUACCACAUGCAGCCUCGCUUCCAGAGCAAGGACAUCGUGUGGGCUCGCACUGCUGUGGGGCUCUGGACCAUGGCCAGCAUCAUCACCAUGUUUGUGUCCUCAGUGAUCCUGUAUGAUGACCUGCCAGGUGUGGAUGUGACCAGUAAGCGCCACUGGAGGCCAGGAGAGAAGGGUUACACAGCUCAUCUGGUGAGCACAGUGUCUGAGUGGUCGCUGGCCUUCUCCUUCAUCAUGUUCUUCCUCACCUACAUCAGAGACUUUCAGAAACUCCACAUCAGGGUGCAGGCUGUUCUGCACAGUAACCAUCUAUAUGACUACGACCACUACGAUGUCAGAGGACAUGUCCAUCAGGGAGAGCGCUCACCACUGCUGGCUGGCAGCAUCUGAGUCGGACUCCAGUCUUCAGUGAACAUAACACUUUCAUUUACUUGCCAAAUGUUCUUCAGGACUGUUAAUAUUUUAAAUGGAAACAGUGCAUAAAAAAUGAUUUCAUGUAUUUUGUACCUGAUAUGCUGUGGGAUAAAAAUGUGAUGCUAGUCUUUUGCUCAUCACAAAUUUCACAAUCAACUUGCAUUACUCAUUGUUAAUAUUUUCUGUAACUUUUGUCUUGUAACUGUGUUGCAGAUGUAGAUCAAUACAGAUAGGUUUGCUGCCGUUACUGUAUAAUGUUGUUGAAAUGAAACUGGUUUUAAAAUUUUAGAAUGACAUGUUUUCAGUUAUUUUGUUUUUUUUUUUCUUCAUUUGACUGAACUUGUUGCCUUCUUUUGCACAUUCUUUGUAAUUCUUUAUGAUAGGGCUUUUGGAUAAAACAAGUAAAAAACAACAUAAAGUUAUUGUGUGAGAGACUAUUUUGUCCCAAAAUGAAAGGACAUCAGGCCUUUGCUACUAGAACUCGUAGACUUUAGAAUAAUCUUCUGCAAGAGGAAAUCAGGCUUGCUGAUUCAGUUCCCCAUUUUAUUUCUUUUCUUUUCUUUUCUUUUUUUUUUUUAACAAAAGUUGAUGUUGUUUAAUAUUUAUAUUUUGUCUUUAACUUUAAUAUUGGUUACCUUGUUUUUCUUAUGCAGUUGUAUUUUUGAUGUGAAGCACUUUUGUUUCUUGUACUGA